AUGACGAGCGUCUACACGGGCCACCUGAGCGCGGGCGACGGCCUGGCGGCGGCGGCGACGCACGUGCCGACGCACCCGUCGCUGAUCCAGGUCGAGUUUGCCAACGGGUCGUACAACUCGCGCCUCGUCUCGCUCGUCUCGCUCAAGCGCGACGAGGUGCUCACCACCUUUGCACCGCACGUCACCGCCGCGCCGCGGCCGUCGUACUCGACCGUCCAGGUGGCCGAGGACGCCCACAUCGAGCUCAACUCGGACCUCCUCUACUGCAACCACUCGUGCGACCCCAACGUCCGCUUCGUCGUCGCCGGCGACGACAAGAGGCAGUGGAAGGCCGUCGCCGAAAAGGACAUCAAAAAGGGCGACACCCUGACCUUUUUCUACCCGUCGACCGAGUGGUCGAUGGCGCAACCGUUCGACUGCGCGUGCAAUUGCGGCCAGCAGUGCCUGGGCAAGAUCAGCGGCGCCGCCUCGAUCCCCGCCUCGGUGCUCGGGCGCUACUUUGUCAACCCGCACAUCCUCCGCCUCAAGCGCGACCAGAUCCGCCAGCAAAACGGCGGCAGCGCCGACACCCAAGACGAGCAGGCCCUCUUCCGGCGCAACGACCGGCCCUAG